AUGUCUGAAGGCUUUAAAUUCGAAACUCCUCAAUUCGACCCAAGAUUCCCAAAUCAAAACCAAUCCAAGCAUUGUGCUCAAUCAUACGUUGAUUAUCAUAAAUGUGUCAAUGUUAAAGGUGAAGAUUUCGAACCAUGUAAGAUUUUUUUCAAAACCUUCACUUCUUUAUGUCCACUUGAUUGGGUUGAAAAAUGGGAUGACCAAAGAGCUGCUGGUAAGUUCCCAAUUGAUUUAGAUGCUUAA